CGACCAGUUUAUCUAGAUCCCCUUCAUCCCUUGCACUGGGAUAAAAUAAUAGGCAGUUUUCUGCUAAUGACAAAAUAAUGGGGUCGAGUGUUAGGAAAAAGAAGGAGAAAAAGAAGGACUUUCAGAAAGCCAAGUUGAAAGUCGGCAAGGCAAAGGAGAAACCCGCCAGCUUCACAGACACAAGCUUCAAAUCAAGAGCUAUCGUUGUUGCUCAAUCAUCUUUGACGGUUGAGGGACCAAAUCCCGUCGAGCAGUUCAAGCACUAUCUGUCACUCGCAUCUACCUCUCGGUCGGAAAAUCAACGCAGAGAUGCCUUAGCUUUUCUGACCACCCAGUUAUCUCAUCAACCACCCAACAAUCCAGUUGGUACGCCAGCAAUUCUGGCAAAGCUGCUCCCCCUGAUAUCAGACGCCAACUCAGGAGUCCGCACCCAAUUACGUAAACUUCUGCAGGCCCUCCCCCCGGCAGAUAUACAGCCACAGGUGGAAAGGAUCUCCAUGUAUGUUCGCGCGGGUAUGACACACCUGUCGGCCGAUAUCAGAGAUGAUACGCUCAGUAUAAUGGAGUGGUUGCUCGAGGUUGCUGGCAUUGAGGUUGUCUCCUGCGCCGGUGGAUGGAUGAAGACGAUGAACGUCUUUGCCGCUAUGCUCGGCUGGAGCAGCAUCGUGGCUGCGAAUGCCGCCGCCGCCGGUGGACCCGCAGCCCGCAGCAAGGGUUGGACCUCAGCGCCCAAGAGCACGUUCGGUGCAGCCAAGGGAGGCGCGUCAUACUCAAGGCAGCUUCUUGCUCUCGCAAAGUUUCUUCAGAUAGGAUUCCAUCCCGAGGCUACAGGAUCCGGAGGACAAAGAACACUCUGGAACAGCCUGUAUCGUCUUCCGCGGACCUCGAAUCCUUUUGGAUAUCUCAACCUCUUUGGGGCACCCAGGGACGAAGACAGUGAGAUAUAUGCUGAUCGUGAGGAUCGACAACGGGUGUUUUCGAGGAAAUGGCACGCUGUCGUUAUCAAGGGUCUGGAAGAGGCCAAGAAGGAAGGGGGUGCGGUUGGUCGUGCGGGCGCUGUGUUAGAUCAGACACUGAAAGAUGGACUCGCAGAUUACGAUGACCAUGUAUCAUGA